GCGCACUCGACGCGGAGCGCCGCGCCGGCCCGCGCCGGGGUUCGCCGCUGCCGCGCCAGUGUUCGUCGCUGCUGCGCCGGAGCUGCCGGGGCCCACUGGAGUCCUACCGGGGCUCUGUCUAGUCCCAAAACAUAGUGAUUUAUCCUGCGCCAACAGAGGACAGAGGACAGAGGUCUGCGCACCAAUUCUGAAGGGCACCCAACGGUAUUCAACAUAACACUCCACAAUGACGAAGAAAUUCGACUUCAACUGGCGGAUACCUGUACCGGACGCCCUGACCCAGGGCUGUGUGCUCGACAGAUGGACAGAGGAAAAAGACAACGUCGACUUCGAGCCACAAUGCCUGUUUCGGGUGGAUGAAUACGGAUUCUUCAUGUACUGGAAGAGCGAGGGCAAUGAGGCCGACCUGCUGGAGCUCUGCCAAGUGAACGACAUUCGAGCUGGCGGCCUCCCGCGGGAUCCGAAGUUGCUGAACCAGCUACAGGCACGUCAUGGUGCUGACCUGGAGGCCAAGUCGCUCAGCAUCUGCAGUGGAACCGACAUGGUCAACAUCAACCUACAGCACGUCAUCCUGCCUGACGUCGAAACCGCCAAGGUGUGGUUGUCGGGCCUUCGAACCAUCACACAUAACACCAAAGCCAAUAAUGUGUGCCCCAUGACAUGUCUCAUCAAACACUGGAUGAGACUCUGUUUCUCAGUGGACCAAGAUGGGAAGAUCACUGUGAAAAACAUUGCGAGGACAUUCGCCUCGGGCAAGACUGAGAAGCUCGUCUAUCAGUGUCUGGGCGAGCUUGGUCUGCCGUGUGAAAAGAAUGAUGUCAUCGAGCCGGCGGAGUUCACAUUCGACAAAUUCUACUGUUUAUAUCACAAAAUAUGCCCCAGAAAUGACAUCGAGGAGCUAUUUCAGUCAAUAACAGAGGGCAAGGCGGAAACCAUCGAACUGGGCCAGUUCAUCAACUUUAUGAACGACUGUCAGCGAGAUCCGCGGCUAAAUGAGAUCCUGUACCCGCUAUACGACGAGAAAAGGUCACUGGAGAUCAUCUGCACAUACGAACAGGAUGAGCAGAACCGCAAUCAAAAGCGGUUCUCCAAGGAGGGUUUCACACGGUUCCUGAUGUCGGACGACAACGCGCCCGUGUUCCUGGACCGGCUGGACAUCUAUCAGGACAUGGACCAGCCCAUGAGUCACUACUACAUCAACUCGUCCCACAACACCUACCUGUCGGGCCGACAGUUUGGCGGGAAGAGUUCCGUGGAGAUGUACCGACAGGUCCUGCUAGCCGGCUGUAGGUGUGUGGAGCUGGACUGCUGGGAUGGAAAAGGAGAAGACGAAGAGCCCAUCAUCACACACGGAAAGGCCAUGUGCACAGACAUCCUCUUCAGGGACGUUAUUUACGCCAUCCGAGACUGUGCGUUUGUGACAUCCGACUACCCAAUCAUCCUCUCGUUCGAGAACCACUGCUGCAAAGCCCAGCAGCUCAAGAUGGCCAAGUACUGUGACGAGAUAUUCGGCGACUUACUGCUCAAAGAGCCGCUGCCCGACUGUCCACUGGAGCCGGGAGCCCCGUUACCAAGUCCCAACCAGCUGCGGCGCAAAAUCCUGAUCAAGAACAAACGGCUCAAGCCGGAGGUGGAAAAACAGGAGCUCGAGCUCUACAUGAAAGGCCAGCUGACCAUCGUCGAUGACGUCAAAGAGGAUGCGUCCGCAGCGCCGACAGAAACUAAGGAUGGUACCGCCUGUAGCGAGGUGGACCGCCCCAUGACCGCCGAGGAGAAGGCCUUCCUUAGUUACCAGUACACGGGCGCCACGUCUCUAGUGCACCCCUACCUGUCCAACAUGGUCAACUACGCGCAGCCCAUCAAGUUUAUCGGCUUCGACGAUGCCAGAGAGAAGAACAUCCACCACAACAUGUCUUCGUUUGCCGAGACGGCCGGUCUGGGCUACCUCAAAUCGUCGGCCAUCGAGUUUGUCAACUACAACAAACGCCAGAUGAGCCGGAUCUACCCCAAAGGCACCCGGGCCGACUCGUCGAACUACAUGCCACAGAUUUUCUGGAACGCCGGCUGCCAGAUGGUGUCGCUGAAUUUCCAGACCCCCGACCUGCCCAUGCAGCUGAACCAGGGCAAGUUCGAGUACAACGGCAACUGCGGCUACCAGCUGAAACCCGACUUCAUGCGGCGACCGGACAAGGACUUUGACCCGUUCGCCGAGACGCCUGUCGACGGUGUGAUCGCCGCUCAGUGCUCCGUGCAGGUGAUAGCCGGCCAGUUCCUCUCGGACAAGAAGGUCGGCACAUAUGUGGAAGUUGACAUGUACGGUCUCCCCACCGACACCAUCCGAAAAGAGUUCCGAACCAAGAUGGUGCCCGCCAACGGCCUCAACCCAGUCUACAAUGAGGAGCCGUUCGUGUUCAGAAAGGUGGUGCUGCCGGACCUGGCCAUGCUACGAAUUGGCGUGUACGACGAGAACGGAAAGAUGUUGGGACAGCGCAUCCUUCCCCUAGAUGGCCUGCAGGCUGGCUACCGGCACAUCUCCCUGCGGACAGAAGGCAACUUCCCCAUGUCGCUCCCCAUGCUGUUCUGCAGGUUCGACCUGAAGAUCUAUGUUCCCGACGGACUGGGCGACCUGAUGGACGCGCUGUCCGACCCGCGAGCGUUCCUCUCGGGUCAGGAGAAGCGGGCAGAACAGAUGAAGGCCAUGGGUAUCGAGGAGGCCGACAUCCAGGCCGUGAAAGACUCUGGGGCCGACAACGCCAAGGCGUCCAAAGACGGUGGAAAGAAAGACGAGCCCAAGAAAGAGGAGCCGCUCAAGUUUGAGAAGAUCACGGCCGAGUCGCUGCGACAGGAGAAGGGUUUCGCCAAGGCCACCAAGAAGCAGCAGAAGGAGCUGGAGGCCAUGAAGAAGCGACAGACCAAGGAGCGCGUCAGCAUGCAAAAGUCGCAGUGCGUCGCCAUCGAGAAACUCAGCAAAGACAAACGAGGUGACCCGAACGACCCGGCGGUGCUGGCUUUGGUGAAGGAGCAGAUUGACACGUGGUCGGAGCUGAUGAGUCGACACCGGCACGAGGAGUGGGACCUGCUCAAGGAGCACUACAAGUGCCAGGAGGACAUCCUGAAGAGGCUCAUGGAGGCCGCGCAGGCCGCACAGAUCAAACAGAUCGAGGCAAAGUUCGAGAGGGAAAACAAGGAGCUGAAGGCUCGACAGGCUAAAGUCUCGGUGGACACCGCCAAAGAGGUAGCCCAGGAUAAGACCCUGCGAAAUAAAGCAGAGAAGGACCGACGACUGCGCGAAAAGAACCAGAACAACACCAAGAAGUUCAUCGAGGAGCGGAAGAUGACCGCCAUGCGACAGAACAAGGAGUCAGAGAAGCUGAAGAAGCAGCACGAACAGGAGCUGCAGGAUCUCUCGCGGGAUAUAAAACUGAGUGUGGAGAUGUACGAGCGGGCAGCGGUCGAGUACCAGCUGCGAUCCAAGUGUGAGUUCUACGCCUGAGUGCAGUGAAGUCAACUACUUCAGCUCGAGGGACCGUGCUGGUGAAGUGCAGACCUCCCACCGCAUGGACAUGUCUUCAUCGAUUUCACCCACCCGUGAAGAAUACUGGCUCUGAGUGGCCGCAUACAUCAGCAUCCCCAGAACAGAUCACUAAAUAGCCGUUUCGAACUCUUAAAGUCCAAGAGCACCGCAUGCAGAUUUAAACAAUCCACAGAGAGCAGGACCACACAACUGAAUAAUGUUUACGUAACGGUACUAUUCUGAAAUACUAUCAGCAUCGAUCAGAUAGCGUUCGAUAUUUAUGUGUAACUACUCCGCUUACAUAAUUCCGAUUCAGUCAGACCCCGUGAUAGCCGGCCCACUUCUCGACCGAGCCAGAUAGCCAAAAAUAGUCACUCCGGCUUGAAGCUAUAAAGACUCGAGCUUCACAAAGUCAUGGCUUUUCAACAAUCGUGUAUAUCCAUCAUGACCAGUCGUGUAUCCUCAGUGGAGUCGUUGACUUCGUGCUCUCUUUAUCGGUGUAAGACGGCGUGAGGAACGAGCGGUGAGCAGUGAGUCGUGUGGGUCACCCACUCACCGCCUGAGUUGCCCCUGAGCUCACCGACUCAGCAGGCAUCUCGCAUGAUCUCAGGCAGACUGGGCUUACAGGGUCCUGCUGGCAGCCAUUGUAACACGGUAGUUUCACAGUCAGAUUCAUCAUGUUAUCUAGCAUAUUUAAGAAGACGGUUGCUGUUCACAUUUUGUCGUGUACAUCUUUCAGACAGGUGUUUAAAAGGACCAUACAUAGGAUGGUUUCCCAACAUUAACUAUUAUUUAACUGAGAGAGCGUUUUAAAAAAAAUCACUGUUAAUUUUCGAAUAUCUAACUAGUUCUUCAAAUCAUACAAAUGCAAACAACGCGAUUUUGCGUUUAUCAAUGAAUGAUAAACUAUCCCUCAAUUCCUAGCAAAACGGCUAUUUUAUGUGUUUCUCAACCUUAUCUUAGCUCUGGAUCGUAGCUCUUGCCAAAGUACUGAAAACAUUUCUAAAUUCAUAGCCUUGGGAAUAUAGUGUAACUAUUGGUUGACUUUUUGAAAGGUCGAUACUAUGUUUGAAUGAUCUGUGAUACAAUGAGAGGAUGAUUUGAAGCAAAUCGAUAUAUCAUUGUCGAUAAGUUUAUUGAGUCUGUUGCAUAUACUAUAUAAUAAAAAGUACGUACAUACAUAAUGGCGGACGCCAAACGGUUGUUACGAAUUAAAAGCUAUUCCAUUCAGACAAAAAUACAACAAAAUUGUACUCAAUUUUGAGCAUGAAUAUGAAAAAUGGUGAGAGUAUUUAGGUUUCGCAAGCAAUCAGUAACUUUCACAGCAGUGCAUUGCUGGGCUAAAAAUAAAUAACUUAACUUGGAUGUAAAAAGUAUGCUUGACUUUCCGUACCUACAGUACUAAGGAUUUUAAAAGGCCCUUUAUUAUAUAUAUCCACCUUCACUUACUUAAAAUGUCAGUAGUUGCAAAGUUUUGUGACCAUUGUGCCAAAUAUAAAGGAUUAUAGUUAUUGAUUUUCCCAAAGUACACAAGACGUUCAGUAAAUGAACCCUUUGCACCGGUUGAAGUGUUUGAUAGAGUCCACCCCAUACCCUCAGCACCCGCGGUUUGCGAAUGGCGUUCUGAGCCGUCCCACAGUGAAACACCUGUCUGCGUUCAGUGUUGAUUUGUGCUUGACCGCCCAGUUGCCCCAGCGCAUUAUUUUUGCUUUAUGGUUGCUGUGCUAGGAAUAGGUACUGGACAGGUAAUGCUUGUUACACAACAGUGUGAACAAUGUUGGCGAUUGUGGUGAAUGAUGGCAAACGGCAGCAACGUUAACGUUUACAGAUGGUGACGUUUUUACACAAAUGUGAAUGACAUUUCCCUAUUUACAUCGUCUCGAUGGACAAAAAAUACUAACUGUAAUGAAAGGCGAAAUCGGCAAUCGGCCCCUCUUACAGAUGUUUUAUCAAAAUUGUGCUAUUCAUGCAUAUGUCACAAAGCGUUGAUUGCAUAUUGUUAGGCGUUGCUACCGUUUGUCAAAGAGUUGUUGGUGGUAACCUCUCAGAUGAUGGAUCCAUUGUUUUAGUCUUCGCGUUUAAGCGACCUCUCUGGUUAUUGUUUGGUUAGUGCUGACUACAGCUUAUUUUCCCACGAGCACCUUCAUGUUUUACCCAAACAACGGUGGUGCCAAAGUCAGUUCUUCCAACCCGAUGUGUACUUACAUAUAUGUUCGAGUUUACAUGUCUGGAAGUAUGUAUAUCUGUCGCUAGACGCACUGUUCUCGUUUUUUUCUAUUUGACCCGGUAUGCGAGGCUUCGCGUUCCGGCUUUUGUGCUGUUUAAAUUUACCGAUAGUUCUGGUUGCAAAUCAGUAUCACUCUUCCGUGCAUGUUGAAUGCAAUACAUCUAAAACAUUGCUGA